ACAGGACGAUUGAACUUUACAAGGAGAGGUUGUAUACAUUUCAAUCUUAAAUUUAAAAGAUUUUUGGUGAAUGAUUUUUCAGAAGAAAUUGUAAGUUCGUCGUUAUUUUGCCAAGCAACAUGCAAGGAUUUUUAGGUAUCUUGCUGUUGAUUACUGGAGCCCAUUGUUUGUACUCCUCAAACUCAGAUGUUAUAGAUCUCAAACCAAGUAAUUUUGAUAAUUUGGUAUUAAAUAGUGAUAAUAUUUGGGUUGUGGAAUUUUUUGCACCAUGGUGUGGACAUUGUCAGCAAUUAACACCUGAAUAUGAAAAAGCUGCAACUGCCUUAAAGGGUAUUGUAAAAGUUGGUGCAGUAAAUGCUGAUGAACAUAAAUCUCUUGGAUCAAGAUAUGGAAUUCAAGGUUUUCCAACAAUUAAAAUCUUUGGCAUUGAUAAUAAACCAGAAGAUUGUACUGGACCAAGAACUGCAGCUGGAAUUGUUGAGGCUGCUUUAAAUGCAGCUAGUCAAAAAGCACGUAGAGCUUUAGGUGGUAAAAGAGGUGGUGGAGAUUCUAAGUCUAAAGAUUCCAAGGAUGUGAUUGAAUUAACAGAUGAUAAUUUUGAUAAAUUAGUAAUGAACUCAGAAGAUAUGUGGUUAGUUGAGUUUUAUGCACCAUGGUGUGGUCAUUGUAAAAAUUUAGCUCCUAUUUGGGCAUCUGCAGCAACAGAACUUAAAGGGAAAGUGAAAUUGGGAGCUAUUGAUGCUACUGUAAAUACACUUAAAGCUAGUCAGUAUGAAAUAAAAGGGUAUCCUACUAUCAAAUACUUUACACCUGGUAAAAAAUCCUUUGAUUCUGUACAAGAAUAUGAUGGCGGUCGCACAAGUAGCGACAUAGUAAAUUGGGUACUAGAAAAGCUAGCAGAAAAUGUUCCAGCACCAGAAGUAGCUCAAAUUGUAAAUGAAAAAAAUUUAAGAGAAGCAUGUGAAGACAAACCGUUAUGCGUUGUAUCUGUUUUGCCACAUAUCUUAGAUUGUCAGUCAGAUUGUAGAAAUCAAUAUUUAAAAACAUUAAAUGACCUCGGAGAAAAAUAUAAACAAAAAAUGUGGGGAUGGGUUUGGGCAGAAGCUGGUGCUCAACCACAUAUUGAAGAAGCAUUAGAAAUUGGCGGUUUCGGCUAUCCAGCAUUAGCAGCUGUAAAUAUAAAGAAAAUGAAAUACUCAUUAUUAAAGGGUAGUUUCUCUUAUGAUGGUAUAUACGAGUUUUUACGAGAUUUAAGUUACGGACGAGGAGGCACAGCUCCUUUGAAAGGAGCUCAGUUACCCAAAAUUCUUGAAACUACACCGUGGGAUGGCAAUGAUGCCGAACUUCCACAGGAAGAAGAAAUUGAUCUUAGUGAUAUAGAUCUUGAUGAGAAAGACGAACUGUAAUUAUAAAACCCAGUUUUUCUCAAAAACGUAUGCACCAUCAUAUACAUGUAUUAGUAAAAUAACUCAGUACAUAUUUUUAUAUAACAUUAUUCUGAGUUCAUAUAACUACAUAUUUAUGUACAAUAAUAA